UUUGAAUAGCUUUCUUGUGCACGAAGAAGAAUAGGUAUAUUUUUGAAAACAAAAACACUGAAUUAUAAAUCGAAGUAAAUAUAUUUAUACGUAAAAAAUGGAUAAAGUUGAUGCUACAAACUCCACUAAUCCGCGGCGUAAAAUAUUAAACCUAGCAGUAUCACAAAUUUUAAUGGAAAAGGGUUUUGACAGUGUGGACAAAGAAUGUCUGGAAACUCUUACAGAAAUGUUGCAGAGCAUGCUUGUCGAGGUCGGGCAAUCAGCACGUAGUUACUGUGAGCUUUCCGGUCGCACCAUACCCGUUAUUGGAGAUGUUAUUGUUGCGCUGGUAAACAUGGGCGUCUCUAUGCAAGGUAUAGAAGCUUUUGCCAAGCGUGAUGGUCGUCAAAUAAUACCAAUGCCGGCGCAAGCAUCACAACAAAAACAGUUAAAUCUGCUACAAGCAGGUACGAAGUCGUCACAUCCGCCGCAUGUGCCCAACUAUUUGCCGGCUUUACCCGAUCCACAUGCCUACGUGCGCACACCGACACAUAAACAACCUGUAACUGAAUAUGAAGCUAUACGUGAAAAAGCGGCUAACCAGAAAAGGGAUGUCGAGAAGGCAUUAACAAAAUUUCUUUCCAAAACUUCAGAGACACAUAGUCUAUUCGAUAAUGAGGAUAAUAUGUUUCCUUUAAUUGCCUGCAAGCCUGCUUUUCCGCCUUAUCUCGCCGCUUUGAAUCCAACUGAUCAAGUGUUUGACUUCGAAGAAUUGGAAUAUCAUUAUUUGGUCGCCAAUCGCACUGAGGAUGUCACUUCGAAGGACGAUAAUGAUGAAAACGAAAGUGGUAAUGAAGAUGAUGGUGAUGGUGAGAUGAAAGCAGAGUCGAAAAGUGAGAAAGAGAUGAAGCCCGAAAAUGAUAUCAAACCUAAUUCCACUACAAAUAAGGCAAUUUUGGAAAAUCCAAAUAUAGACAAUCCAUAUCUACGUGCAGCAACACUGCCCAAACGUGCAAAACCUGAUCCUGCUUUACUCAUACCACCGCCUACACCCGCCCCUGCAAAUAACGCUGUGGCUAAUUAGAACGCUUUAAGUAAUUAAUGUUUAUAAUAAUUAAUGUUAAUAAUAUUCAAAGUUAAUAAUCAGUUUUUUAA